AUGGAUUACUCACCUGUAGCGCAUGCUCAAAGCUCAAGUGCAUGUAUAGAGCCAGAAGAAUCAGAAGGGCACAGUAGUGACAGUUUAUGUAAAAAUGAAGAAGAAACAACUAAUGUUAUAAACAUUAUGAAAAUAACAAUGAGGGCUGAACUUGACAGAAGAUUUGCUGGUAUAGAAAGUACAGAUAUAUAUAGGCUUGCCACUUACCUUGAUCCUAGAUACAAAAGUAAGUUCUUUUCUUCCACUUUCGUUACUGAGCAAGUGCAGUCAUCAAUUGCUGCAUUGUGUGUACAGCAAAAAGAUGCUGUAACUGAACCGCCAGAAAAAAGACUGAAAAGUAAGUUGUCCACUAGCCAGACACCAACUCCAAGCACAAGCUCAACAGUGUCGGAGGCAAUGAAUGUAAUUCUGUCAUCAAGUUCUGAUGAAAAUGAUGAGCCAACUGAGUCAAAUGUGGUAAAAGAAAUUAAAGUGUAUCAUAAACAAAAGAGAAUUAGAGGAUCAAAUGAAGAUGCUCUGAAAUGGUGGAAUCAGAACAGUGGAGAUUUCCCAAAGCUUGUAAAAAUAGUACACACUUAUCUGUGUUGUCCCCCAAGCAGUGUUCCAAGUGAGCAAUUGUUCAGUAGUGCAGGUUUAAUUUAUGAUGAAAAGCGCACAAGACUUUUAGCAGAUAAAGCAGAGAAACUUUUAUUUUUGAAAAGUAAUUUGCCCUUGCUGAAGUUCAAUUACUAA